GUGAGGGCUUUUUGGAGUGGCAGAAUGUGGAAAUCUCUUGAACUUUAGUAAGGUCGCCAUUAGAUAUGCAUCUUGAGGCCCGUCGCGUCUUGGCUGGGCUGUUAUGGAUGAAGGAGGAACACACAAAGCAUGAUGGGGAACAAACGGUCACUUGAGGUGUACCUAAUGUUGUGUCCUGUCACGUGUAGUAGUCACUAAUGACCGACAAAGCCGCUGAAGCCAUUGUUGCCAAAAAGAAAAAUGCAGGUAUGGUCACGAGCCAGUACAAACAGCCUCAUCAGAAAGCAAAACAGUAUUGACGGAAAAGCUCCCGACUUCCCGGGUCACUGUCUCUGACCCGAAUUGGACAUCUCCAGGAAGACUCCCUGACGUCUGUGAGGAGCAGAACUUGCCUCGCUUGCGAUGGAAAAAGCAUCAUGUGGCUUCACUUCCCGACCACUUUAGAAGUCAAGCUUCUGCACUGACACGGAACGUCGCCUUUACCUUCCUCACUGAUAGUGCGACUACAAAGGGAACCAAAUGACAGUGAUGAGGAAAUCACAUGGAGGUGCUCUUGAGCUCACAUGACAGUCCGAGCCAUGGCCGAAGAGAUCAAUGAAGGCUCAGUUCCUGCCUACUACCGAGAAGUGCACGAGGCCGUCUGCUGCCAGAACGAUGAGAAGGUUCAGGUUGAAGUGUUUCAAAGGUUGCUUGAAAGUACCAAACUCUCCAAGGCAGUUCAAGCCCAGAUUGCAGAAAACGUUUACACAGCCGAUGGAUUCUUGAGCAAGUUGGCAUUUUACAAAGCGCUCGCUUUAAUCGCCGUCGCCCAGCAAGGGAAGCAACCGAGUCCCAAAGUCCUGGAGAGCUACAUUCAAGAGUUCCCCAAGCCUCAGCUGGGGGAGCCGUGUGAGUUGCGCACGCUGAGGAUGCAGCCGGCUCAGCGAGACGCGCUGACGCUGUCCCUGGACCUGGACAGGCUGCUGAAGAGAGACGCUGUCAAGGUGGAGCUCAUACCGGAGAAGAAAGGCCUGUUUCUCAAGCAUGUGGAGUACAUGGUCACAAGCCUGCGUUACAAAAUGUCCGUUUACCGGCGCUACAGUGACUUUGACGUCUUCCACGAGAUUCUGCUUCAGAGAUUCGCCUACAGAGUGGUGCCUUCGCUUCCACCCAAAAGAAUGCUCAAAGGAGUCCUGAUGUCGUUUUCCGAGCGGGACUUCAUCGAGGCCAGGAGGCGGGCGCUGGGGAGGUUCCUCAACUUGGUGGCGCUGCAUCCUUUCUUCUCAGAGGACGAGCUGGUCAAGACCUUCUUCACCUUCAGCGGCUCUGAUGUCCAGAUUAGGCUGCGUGACGCUUACAAGAAAACCGGCGACGAGUUCAUAACUAACAGAUACGCAACCGUGGCAAAGGAAUCCCUCCCCGCCGACAUCCAGGUGCAGUUCACCGUGAGCAGAGAACUCAUCAAGAACAUCCACAACAACUUCACCAAACUGCGCGAGCGGGCCGAGAGGAUCGCCGAGCGUUCCAAGGGCAACGCCAAUGACCUCCUCAUGUUCGGCAGGGAGAUUAGCACGUUGAGCUCGGACACGUCGUCCCUCCCGUCGUUGGCGUCGUCGCAGAGCACGUGGAGCCGUCUGUGUCACUCCCUCAAAAGUCUCUCGGUGGAGUUCGCCGUGCUCUCGGAUAAAGCGUCUCAGCAGGGCCGACGGGAAGAUGACGACGUGGUGGAACGACUCAAUCUUUUCCUGGACUUGCUGCAGUCGUACAAGGACCUGUGCGAGCGCCACGAGAAGGGCGUGCUUCACGAGCAUCAGCGGGCGCUACACAAGUACGGCGUGAUGAGAAGGCAGAUGAUGACCAACACGGUGCAAAGUAAAGAGCACGUGUUGGUGGAGCAGCUGGAAUCGCGGAUCGUUCAGCAAGAGAACGCCUUGCAGACCAUGGAGUUGCGUAACUACUUUUCGCUCUUCUGCCUUCACCAAGAGACGCAACUCAUCUUCACCUACCUGCCCAUCACGGCACACAUCUUGAGAGCCUUUGUGGACUCGCAGGUGCAAGGACAUCGAGAGAUGGGCACAGUGUGGAAUGAACUGCAACCAAAAUUCAGCUCUCUCUUGAGUGGGAACAACGGCUCCAAACCUGCGCUUUAGCAAAUGGAUCUGUCGUGACGCAAGGACAAAACUGGAAGACAAAAAAGACCAUUUUCCCUACUGCACAGCGCACAUUACGUUUAGUUCAAGUGGCGUUUCCAACCACUCACUGUUUGAAUUUAUUAGUUUGGGCCUUUUGACAUUUUGGCUGUCGACUAGUAUUCGCGUGUCCAAAUUAACUUUUACUGCCAACUAGGGAGUAAAUCUCCAGGCUGUAAAGGGGACCAAGUUAGCACAGCGCACAUUCUUGCCCUUUAUGUUCAUAAGUUAUUGCGUAAGAAGUGGAGGGGCAAAAAGUAUAUUUUACGUUAUUUAAAUCCUGGGAAUCGUGUUUAUCUUACUCUCAGAUUUUUGAUACAGAUGAUACACGUCUUUAUCUGCGUGCUUCCUUUUUUUGCCGUCUUGUUUUUUGGAGUUCAUUGUUGACAUGACGACUCAACCACGUGCUUUUGUUUCAUAAGCUAAUUUAAAGCACCACAAUACAGUUACUGAACACGAGCUGAGCUUUCGAUGACACUCCAGAUGUGCAAUAUGGAUAGUAGAAAUCCCACAAACCAGGUGACACCAGUUUCAAAGCUGUUUUGGAACACUUUUUUUUAUUCUUAUAAAAAAUUGACACCUUGUAGAAAGUGAUUUGCACAUCUUACAAACAAUACUGCACAAUUUAUGGUGGCAUUUUAUAGGAAAUAAGAGAUGACUGAUGAAUCUGUUGAUAUUUUGCCGUGUUAAACAAUAAAAUGAAGGAAAAUGC